UUGCGCAAGCCAACACUGAUAACACUGACAGACUAAAAAGAUUAUGCUAAACUGAGAAGAUUUGAAAGAAUUAGCCAUUUUUCUACGAUGUCUCCUGAAAAAGGCAUAAUAACUACGCACAACUACCCAGAUAACCCAAACAAUGAAAGUGAAAACCUCUUUUUCAAAGCUGCAAAGGAAAAUAAUAUCAAAGUUUUAAAACAACUGAUUGGAGAGAAUUUUGACCCGACUAUUAAAGGGGCUCUAGGAGAAAAUGUGUUACAUAUUGCAGCUCUGUACAACAAUAAUGAAAUUCUGGUUGAACUGCUGGAUGCAUUCCCAUUCCUAAUCAAUAAACCAAUAGAAUGUGACGCAUAUAAAGGGGAAACCGCUUUACAUAUAGCGAUUGUGAAUCAAAAUGCUGAGAUGGUGAGAGAGCUAAUUGCCCGAAAAGCAGACAUGGAGAAUGCUAGAGCAACUGGAAACUUUUUUGCCCCCAGAAGAAAAGGACAACAUUAUUAUGGAGAAUAUGUUACAUCAUUUGCUGCCUACGUGGGUAAUCAGGAGAUUCUUCAAACACUAGUGGAAAAUGAAGCACCUUUGGAAACUCAGGAUAGCCAAGGAAAUACAGUGUUCCACAUCCUGGUUCUGCAUCAAAAUAAAUCCAUGGCCUGCAAGAUGUAUGAUUUCUUAGCUGCGAUAAUCCCUAAAAAACAACUUUCAUACUUGGAAACCAUUACCAAUAAUGAUGGCAUGACACCAUUUAAACUGGCUGCCCAACAAGGAGACGUACAGAUGUUUGAGUAUUUUAUAAAAAAGAGGAGACAUACCAUUUUGUCCUUUGGCCCACUGGGGUCAACACUCUAUGACUUAACUGGCAUUGACUCAUGGGAUGACAGAUUAUCAGUUAUAGAUAUUAUAUGUACAAGUAACAAUAAUGCUGCGAGAAACCUGUUAGAAAUAACCCCCCUGAAGGAGCUGCUUCACUACAAAUGGACUGCUUUUGGAUAUAAGUACUUUCUGCUUUGCACCAUUUUCUAUAUUAUGUACACGGUAAUCCUGACUCUAUGCUGCUUGUAUCGCCCAAUAAUGCAUACGUUUACAUAUCAAGAUGGAAAAGGAAACACCAGAAAACCAUUAUAUGAGGCGUAUCAAACACGAAAUGAUUAUUUACGAUUAUCCGGAGAAAUAAUUGUUGUUGUCGGAGGGAUUUUAUGCCUUGUGUCUGAGAUUCUCCAGUUUGUAAGAAAAGGAACAAAACAUUUUUUUGGGAACACAGUUACAGGAGGUCCCUUCCAUGUUAUACUGUUGCUUUAUGCCUGUUUCAUCAUCGCUGUGGUUAUUCUUCGAUUUCUGAGCAGCGACGGUGAGACCAUAAUGAUGUCAUUAGCUCUUAUAAGCGCCUGGUGCAAUGUCAUCUAUUUUGCUCGUGGUUUCAGACUGCUGGGGCCAUUAUGUAUUAUGAUUCAAAAGAUGGUACUCGGUGACCUCCUAAAGUUCUGUAUUCUCUUAAUAGCAGUUCUGAUUGGCUUUGCAGCAGCUUUUAAUGUACAUUUCCAAGCUAUGAAUACCACAGCGGUGCCAAGUUUCAAUGGUUUUCCAGAUAUAACAUUCACAUUAUUUCAGCUAAUGAUGGGCCUAGAUAGCCUCCCGUUGCCAGCAAACAUAGUCAUGCCAAAAAUGAUUCUUGUUCUAUACAUUGUCUAUAUGUUCUUUGGCUUUGUGCUGCUUGUGAAUCUUUUGAUUGCACUGAUGACCCAUACCCAUUUCCGGGUUACCAACGAUCGCACGACUCUGUGGAGAGCACAGGUAGCUGCUACAACUAUAAUGUUGGAGAGAAGCAUUCCCUGUAGGUUGUGGCCACGUACUGGGAUUCCAGGAGAGCUUCUUGGCCUUGAGCGUGGAAAGUGGUAUUUAAGGGUUGAGGAGAGAAAUAAUACUUCUUUUUGUCUGAUGCCGAAUAUUCAAGCAAGCUCUGAACCAAGCAGAAUGGAGCAUUACUUACAUGAAUAUCACAACCAGCUCUAAGAAAGCUUUAUAAACAGAAAUAAUACUGUUUGCAGUAUAAUCCCCCAAAACAUUGACUUCUCAGAGUUAAGCAACAUGUGUGUGGCCAGAUUUUGCUGAACUCUAACUACCAGAACCCACUGGCUCAACCAUUUGGAGAGCUGUCAUCUUUAUGCAAAAUCUACAGUCUUAAACUUCAUAAACCAUGGACCUUUAAGAGCGGGAGUUAUUUGGGAAGCAAGAUCAGACUCACUAGUGUAUUCCUUUACUAUGUCAGACUUAUACAGGGUUAUGCAAAACGUCAGUCAUCCAAGCCCACUGUUUAUUUGAUAGAGGAGGAUAUACAGUGCAAUAUAUACAGGAUAUACAUUCUAUGCAUAUUUAGCGUUAUAUAAAAUGUAGUAGUAGUUUGCUAUAAAUGUAAAUGGCUGAUGACAGGCAAGGUUCCAAGUGUUCACACAAUAAUGCUGCACACCAGAAAUGACACAGCUGCAGCAGAUACAACUCGGACCACAGCCUUGAUGAAGCUGGAAUUCUGGGGGAAAGGGAUACAUUGUAAGUGCAUGGCACCUUGUCUAAAUCAGUUUGUUCCAAUGAAUCCAUAUGUUGCUUCCUCAUUCCCAUUUGCAGAAGUUAAUUCUGUAUAGACAUGGCAGGGAAUGAUUUUAAAAACAAGAUGAAUGUUGCAUACCAAUUGGGCUUGGUAAGUCAUAAGGUGAAUGUAUACAAUAAGUGUAAAGUGAGCCCAAGGGCAACAGAAUGAAUAAAACAAAAUGGACAUAGAUAUAAUUCCAAAACACAAACUUUAUAGUGCAACACAGAAGCAACAUUUCCUUACUGAGACAUUUUUAUAUAUAUUUAUAUAUAAUAUUUCAGAUCUUGUGACAAUACUCUAAAAAAAUAUAGUUCACAUUAAUACAAGUUUAUUUGGCAAGCUUUCACAGCAAUCACAAACACAGCAAGAGAAACAAUACUGUAGGUAUUUUGCCAGGGCAGGGUUUGGUUAAAACAUCUCAUUUUAGACAGUUACAAACAUAUCAGUACAACAAACAUUGAAAUGUAUUAUUAGCAAACAUGUGCUUCACUGUUUCAGAUGGGCAUGAACUUAGGCUUAGAGCUCUUCAAAAUCAUGGCCGAUAGUAUGCAGGGUUUCUGGAUGCAUGACCCUUCCCAUGAACAAGACCGAUCCUAAAAUAUAAGAAAAUCCGUUUAAAAUAAAAGUAAAGUGCCUUGUU